GUAUCCGUGUGGGGCAUGGGGGGAUUGGGCAAAACAACUCUAGUCGCCAAUGUAUAUAAAAGUGAGAGAAAAAGUUUUGAACGUUAUGCAUGGAUAUCCAUCUCAGAAACUUACAAGGUGGAUGAUCUUUUAAGGAGAAUGAUAGAGGAGCUGCAUGAAAAUGAAAAAGUAGAGAAAAUUCCGAAUAACAUCAGAGAAAUGGACCACAGAAAGUUAGUUGAAAGCGUCAAAAGUUUUCUAGAGAAUAAAAGAUAUAUGAUCAUACUGGAUGAUGUAUGGGAUCUAAAAGCUUUUGAUGCUAUUGGUGCUGCCAUUAAUGUCGAUGACAAGAAUGGAAGCAGGGUUAUCAUUACAACCCGGAUUGACGAGGUAGCUUCAAUAGCACGUGAAGGUUGGAAGCUUAAGCUCGAGCUUUUGGAAAGCACAGAGGCAUGGAAUCUAUUCUGUAAGAAGGCAUUCCGGAAAGAAGAAGAUAGAAAAUGUCCUGAAGAGCUGAAGAAGCUGGGGCAGGAUAUUGCUUCAAAAUGUCAAGGGUUGCCACUUGCUAUUGUCUCUUUAGGCAGCCUUCUGUCCCUAAGAGAGAAAACCAAGUCAGAAUGGCAGAAAGUUUAUGAUCAGCUGAGCUGGGAAUUGGAUAAGAACCCAAAUUUGGACAAUGUGAAGCAUGUCUUGAAUCUCAGCUACAACUAUCUACCGAGAUAUCUAAAGAAAUGCUUCUUGCAUUGCAGCAUGUUCCCGGAGGAUCAUGUGCUUCAGAGAAAGAGGCUUAUGAGGCUGUGGGUCGCAGAGGGAUUUGUGGAGGAAAGGGGAUCGAGCACAAUGGAAGAAGUGGCGGAGGACUAUCUCAAGGAGCUCAUCCAUCGAUGCAUGCUUCAAGUUGUAAAGAGGAAUGAAUUUGGUAGAAUAAAACACUGUCGAAUGCACGAUAUUGUACGAGAGUUGGCUGUAUCAUUGUCUAAGAAGGAAAAUUUCAGCGUGAUAUAUGACGAUCUUCAGGUGGUGGUGAACAUGAGUGAUGAAACGCGUCGUCUGUCAGUGCACAAAUGCAGUAACAAACUUCCGUCGAGCAUGGAGUUGCCAAGACUUCGCACUUUCACGGUGUUUGACCCUUCAAUGUCCUCAUCGUCAUCCUUCUCUUCGCUGCGUUCCAGCUCUAGAUAUUUGACCGUCUUAGACCUACAAGGCAUCCCGAUUGAGAGAGUACCAGAUGAAAUCGGGGACUUAUUCAAUCUGCACUUUUUGGGUUUGAGGGAGACGAAGGUGAAGAAGCUACCUAAAUCCUUGGGAAGGCUUCGUAACCUACAGACGCUCGACCACAUUUUUAGUGAAAUAGAGAAACUGCCAAGCACGACAAGAAACCUCAAGAAGUUGCGUCACUUGUUUGCCAAGAAGGUUCUAGGUCCAAGUGAUGAGACCAUAAAUAGCCGUAGAGGUGUGCGAGCUCCGAAGGGACUCUGGAAUUUGAAAGACCUGCAAACUCUUCAAGCAGUGGAAGCAAGCAUGGAAUUUGUGGAACGGCUUACCCAACUAAGAAGCGUUCGGAUAUGGAAAGUGCGUGGCAUCCAUUGCGAGCACCUAUGCGCUUCGUUAUCAAGGUUGCGCUACCUACACUUCUUGAACCUUAAUGCUAGCGACGAGAAUGAGAUUCUCCAGUUGGGAGGCUGGGAUCAUCCACCUCAGCAUCUUCUAAAGCUUAAUCUGAGGGGACGACUGGCAGAAGGGACGAUGGAGUUGCCCUUAUUUCAUGCCCUUGGAUCCAGCCUUCGAAAACUGUAUCUGGGUUGGAGUAGGUUGGGAGAGGAUCCAUUUCGAUCCCUGUCUCAGUUGACCCACCUUGUAUAUCUGAAACUGGAGAGGGCAUUUGAUGGGCAACAAUUGUGGUUUCGUAGCAGAUGGUUCCCUAAUUUGAAGGAACUCAUUUUAUUCGAUUUGCCCAAACUUGAUCAAGUGGACGUAGAGGAUGGCGCCAUGGCAAGGCUGAAGUCCCUAUUCAUGACUGGCCUACCUGCGUUAAAAGAUGUUCCACGGGGCAUUGGAUAUCUCACAUCCCUCCAGAAAUUGUACUUGGGGGAUCUGCAUCCGGAUUUCAGAGAGAGGUUCGAUGAAAGCGACGAGAAGAACAAGCUUCAGCACAUCCCCUACGCCUAUUAUAUUUUCCAGAGAGAGAAUCAAACAUUCCAUGUCACAAGACUUUCAGGACAGGAGGAAGGAGGAGAAUAA